AUGGUCUCAGCCAUGAUCAAGAUCGCAACCACCGUGGCGGCGUUCACUGCCGUCACAGUAGCCCGGCCGUCAAUCCGUCAGACGUCCACGGUUGAUGCAUUUAUCGACACUGAACGACCCAUUGCUCUGCAGGGCAUACUGAACAACAUUGGACCAGACGGUGCCAAGGUCGAGGGCGCAUCGGCUGGAAUCGUCGUUGCAAGCCCAUCCACGGUUGACCCGGACUACUUUUAUACCUGGACUCGGGACUCGGCAUUGACGCUCAAGACCAUAAUUGAUGAGUUCAUCUUCUCUGGGGACACGACUCUUCAGACUGUCAUCGACAAUUACGUCCAGGCGCAGGCUUUCCUACAGACGGUCGACAAUCCGUCUGGCAGUUUGUCUGAUGGAUCAGGCCUUGCCGAGCCCAAGUUCUACAGCAACGAGACCCAGUUUACCGAUGCUUGGGGAAGACCUCAGCGUGAUGGCCCUGCCCUCCGCGCUAUUGCGUUGAUUGCGUAUAGCAAUUGGCUGGUCGACAAUGGCCAACAGGAUACAGCCACGAGUGAUGUGUGGCCCAUCAUUUCCAACGAUUUGUCCUAUGUUGGACAGUACUGGAACCAGACCACCUUUGAUCUAUGGGAGGAGGUCCAGGGCUCGAGUUUCUUUACGACGCAAAACCAGUACCGCUCUCUGAUCGAGGGCAGCGCUCUGGCCACAACCUUGGGCGUCACUUGUACCGGCUGUGACCAGGCCCCUCAGAUCCUUUGUUUCCUCCAGAGCUACUGGAAUGGCGAGUUCCUGACCGCCAACAUCAACGUGAACAAUGGCCGUAGCGGCCAUGACGCCAACACGUUUCUCGGUUCGAUUGCCAUCUUUGACGUGGACGCGUCCUGCUCGAGCUCCACGUUCCAGCCCUGCAGCAGCAAGUCUCUGUCCAGUUUCAAGGCCUACAUUGACUCGUUCUCGGGAGUCUACUCCAUCAAUGAUGGCGUUGCUGCUGGAACGGGCAUCGCGAUUGGGCGGUACCCAGAGGAUACCUAUCAGGGCGGCAAUCCAUGGUAUCUGAUUACCGCCGGAGCAGCAGAGUUCCUCUACGACGCCGUGGCACAAUGGACAGCACAGCAGACCCUGACCAUUGACGACACCUCCCUCUCCUUCUUCACAACCAUUUACUCAUCGGCAACCGCAGGCACAUACGCCGCAUCAGAUGCGGCAUUCACCGACAUCCUGUCCGCCGUGACGGCGUACGCCGACUCCUUUGUGGCCGUGGUGCAGCAGUACACGCCCUCGGACGGAUCCCUGGCCGAGCAGUUCGGCCGCGACCAGCCGGCAAGCCCGCUGUCGGCCACGGAUCUGACCUGGAGCUACGCCGCCUUUGUCACCAUGGCCCAGCGCCGCGCGGGUCAGUACCCGGCCGGCUGGGAGGGCGCCUCCCCCGCCGAGGUCCCGGAUACAUGUUCGUCAUCGUCUACGCCCGGUACCUAUGCGCCUGCUCCGAUUGCGUCGGCGGCCGCUUGA